AUGGACGGCAUUGAUAAAGAGGUUGGGAUUGGCCCCCGAUCAUUGACGCGUCCAAUCAGUCCCCCGAGAAAGAGACAAAAGACGGACAAUGAAAGGCACGCCAGGCCAGACCCUUUGCUCAAGAACGAACAGGGUAGCACAGAGAGCGGCCCCGCCAGCGAGACCGCAUCUGAGCCAGAUGUUGACUCUGGAAGCAGAGGCGCUGAGCAAGCGCGCUCAAAGAUGCCUUCACCAGCGAUAUUCAGCUCACCCUUUCGCCUGACUCAUAUUCGUGACCUCGGAGAGGAGGACAAUGUCGAUACUCUCAGCCUAAACGACAUCAUUGGUGAUCCUCUGAUUGCUGAAUGCUGGGAUUUUAAUUACCUCCACGAUAUCGAGUUUCUUCUCGAUGCCCUAGACCAAGACGUUCGCGACCUUGUCAGAGUGCAUGUAGUCCAUGGAUUUUGGAAGAAAGACGAUCCUAACCGGAUUCUUCUUCAGGAUGAUGCCGAAAAGCACAAAAAUGUCGUGCUACACACGGCCUUUCUCCCUGAAAUAUUUGGCACUCAUCACUCCAAGAUGCUGGUCCUCUUGCGUCACGACGACACGGCGCAGGUUGUGAUACACACCGCCAACAUGAUUCCGAAGGACUGGACCAAUAUGACCAACAGAAUAUGGCUCUCGCCUCGCCUUCCUCUUCUCCAAAGCCAGGAUCCUGCAAAUGGCUGCGAGUACGAAAGUUUGACCGAGGGCACUGGUGUCAAGUUUAAGGUGGAUCUACUCAACUAUCUGAAGGCAUAUGAUGACAAACGUGUUGUCUGUCGAGACCUCGUAACAAAUCUGGAAAAAUAUGACUUUUCCAGCAUCCGCGGUACCCUCAUCGCCAGCGUGCCGGGACGACAUGAUUUUACCGACUUGUCCACGAGUGCUUGGGGAUGGGCAGCUAUCAGGAGGGCGCUUCGGUCUGUGCCACUGCAAGUCGGUAAAUCUGAAGUCGUGGUACAGGUUUCGUCCAUCGCAACGCUCGGCCCAACAGACACUUGGCUCCAAAGAACACUCUUUGAUUCCAUGUGCCGAGGAAAGGCCGCCGUUGUUACACCAAGGCCGCAAUUCAAGAUCAUGUUUCCCACUGCCGACGAGAUUCGGCGCUCGUUGGAUGGCUAUGGUUCUGGUGGCUCCAUACACACCAAGAUACAGUCAUCCCAGCAAGCAAAGCAGCUGAUAUAUCAAAAACACCUACUUUGCCACUGGGCCAACGAUUCGCCACAUGGAAAAGAUCUUGACCAAAACGUUUCUAUAUUAGAUGCGGGCCGGAACCGAGCUGCACCGCAUAUUAAGACUUACAUCAGAUAUGGAGCUAAUUCAAUCGAUUGGGCGCUGUUGUCUUCAGCCAACCUGUCAAAGCAAGCCUGGGGUGACGCGACAGGCGCGGGGGGCCAGACAAGGAUAUCAUCAUGGGAGAUCGGAGUUCUUGUGUGGCCCGAGUUGUUCGCCAAAGAUGCAUUGAUGACCGCCGUUGUCAAAAGAGACACACCCUCGACAGAAACGACGAAUCCAGGCCUGGGUCGUCCUGUGGUAGGCCUGCGUUCCCCAUACAGCAUGCCGGUACAGAGAUACGGACAAGGUGAAGCUCCUUGGGUGGCAACCUUGUCAUAUCCAGAACCUGACUGGGCAGGUAACACUUGGUGA